AUGAACGAUUGGUUUGAGGACAAUCCAACUACGUUGUGGAUGACGGUCGUCAGCGCUCUGGCCUUCAUGAUCUCGUUGACUUCGAUGGCUUGCGGAAAUGUACGUCUAAUGUAAAAUAGGGGCGUUUUUUCGAACUUUUUCUAACGGAAAAUUUAUGGAUGGGACUACAAAGUAAAAAAAUCCUUUUAUUUUUUUGGCUAGUUAAAUCCAUAAUCCGUUACUCCCGCCACGCAAACUCUUAUAUUCAGCUUCGAUUAGCCAUUUAUAAGAGUUUGCAUGGCCAGUCCCCGAAAAGAUUGUAAACUAGAAACAGACAUCAUUCAUUAUUUUUCAAAUUUGAUUCGGCCCUCAAAGACCAUGCCGAUCCAUCCCGGGAGCCAUGUCUAGGCCUGAAAUUACGACUCUAAGAUUUGGCUAGUCAACCCAGCGAAACAUAUCUUGGAAAAAGUUCCUUAUUUUGGCCACAACAAAGGUACUCCGCGAACUGCGCCCAAGCUUGGGCAUUAAAGUUAGGAAAAAACGCUUCGACCUAGCUGGCACUGAAUUACGAUAAUAGCUGCAUAGUUUUAUGGGGACCUACGAAGGCUGUGACGACUCAUUUAGUUCCAUACGGAGGCAAUAAAUUUAGUUCCGGACAUGUUUCAUCGUAUAAAGUGUAAAAUCACAGGCUGCAGCCGUUUUUGAAGGGUAAGGUGGUAUGUAAAAAAGAAGGUACAUCACUAACUAAAUCCGCUGUCCGGGCAUUGACAACGAUGAAUUGAGCGUGCACGCUAAAUUUGGGCUAAUUCCGACCAGUUUCCGCAAAGUUAUAAGUUGUGGAAGGAACUUCUACCCAUAUCUUUCGUCUCGUCUUUCUACAACUUCUAAACAAAACUUUUAGAAAAAAGGCGGUGGACGACCAACUGGAGACUCGAAGAAUGCCGCCAACAACCCGAAUGUCCGGAAACCUAAAACCUGGCCCAAGAACGAGAAGGAGGAAUUGAUAGCAAAAGGAGAGCUCAAAAAGGGACGCAACGAUUAUCCAACAGUGAGUCCAUUGAAGCCACUUAUUUACAGAGGAAUACACAGGCGAUCUUCUGCUAGAAAAACACGUCUGAUGCUUUGCUUUUCAGAUGGACGAUGUUGUCAGUGACUGGUCGUCCGAAGAGGAAGGAGACGAUGGAAAGAAGAAGAAAAAGGAGAAGAAAAAGAAGCCCAAGAAGGAAGAGAAGGACAAAAGUAAAACCGAGUCGGUUGUGAAGCCCAGCGAUGUCAAGGAUCCCGCCUGA